AUGGCACGUCUUCAGCCGGCGUUCCUCUGGUCCGCCGCCCUGCUGGUGCUGCUGGCCCUGCAGGCCGCCGGCGCCAGGACCACGGCCCGCUCGCCCAAACCUCAGAACACCAAGAAGCCCCCCCGGGCGGGCUCCGGAACCGGAGGAGGAGGAGGAGGAGGAGGAGGGAGGGUCCGGAGGACCACCACCAUCCCCCCGAUGUCCUCCAGCAGCAUGGCGACCGACGAGACCACAGAGUCCAUGACGGACACCUACUCCCUGUCUCCCACCGACAGCACCACCUUCUCCGAAGACGCCUACCCCACGGAUUUCAUUCUGGACGCGGUGGUGCCCCCGGGGGUCCGCCCCGAUAACUUCACCAUAGACCUCAGCCAGUGCUUCUACAACGUCUGUGAAUGCUGCCCCCCCAACAAGAAAUCCCUCGGGCCGCCAGGUGAUAUACGUCACAUAGGAGAACGUUUACCAGGGCGGGAGACAUCAAACGAGGGCCUAGACGUCCUUUCGGGUGAACCUGGGAUGCCCGGAGCUAAUGGACUUAAUGGAGACGCAGGUCAAGCUGGUCUACCCGGGCCUAUCGGACCUCCCGGGGUCCCGGGAUUGAUGGGGAAACAGGGCGAUAAAGGUGACCCGGGUCUCAGAGGAGAGAAAGGGGAGCCCGGUUUGAAGGGCGAGCCGGGUCUCAAAGGAGAGGCUGGACCCAAGGGCAGUCCGGGGAUCGACGGCCCCGCCGGCCCCCAAGGGGUCGCGGGGUUGAAGGGUCUGAAUGGGGACAAGGGCGAGUGCCCUCUGCCCCCAGCCGGACCCCCUGGCGAGAGGGGUGAGCCGGGUCUGAACGGCACCGACGGCCUACCAGGGAAGAAGGGAGAGCCCGGAGCCAAGGGAGACCGAGGGAACCUAGGUCCCCCGGGGGGGAGAGGCAUGCCGGGGCCCAAGGGAGACCGCGGCAACAAGGGCCCGCGCGGCGUUCGAGGCCCUAAAGGGGCCCCUGGAGAAGAUGCGCCCAUGAUCCGCUCGGCCUUCAGCGUGGGCCUGUACCCCAGCAAGUCCUUCCCCCCGCCGGGCCUGCCCGUCAAGUUCGACAAGGUGUUCUACAACGAGGAGGGUCACUGGGACCCCUCCGCCAGCAAGUUCAACGCCACCCACCCGGGCCUGUACGUGUUCGCCUACCACCUCACUGUGCGGAACCGGCCCCUCAGGGCCGCCCUGGUGGUCAACGGCGUGCGGAAGGUGCGGACGCGCGACUCCCUGUACGGCCAGGACAUCGACCAGGCCUCCAACCUGGUGCUGCUGCAGCUGGUCCCCGGCGACCAGGUGUGGCUGGAGACGCUGAGGGACUGGAACGGGGUGUACUCCAGCAGCGAGGACGACAGCACCUUCUCCGGCUUCCUGCUCUACCCGGGCGCCGCACUCCUCUGA